UAUUCGGUGAUCCGUUGACUACGGAUAGUCGCUGACGCAAAGUUCAGAUACAUCUGCUUCCGCCAGUAUAUGUAGCUCCGUUCUAGCCACUUAUAAAUUUCGAGAAUGAAUCGGUUUUUAUUAACUCUAUCCAUAAUUUUAUCUCCAGUUUAUUCGAAUUUUAUCGAUUAUGGAUAUCAAAGUGAAAUUCCGCCCAAUUUCGGUCGGGAAUUACCAAAAAUAACGGCUGUAGAUGUGAUGGUGGAUAUAACGAAUGAUCUAUCUUAUAAAAUUUUGCGACAGCAUUCAAUCGCGAAUAGAAAUAAUUUUGCAUUUUCGCCAACGUCUCUGGCUAGUGUUUUAAUUGCAUUGUAUGAAGGAUCGCAAGGUGCUGGUGCAACGGAGAUUUAUAACGUCCUUAAAUUACCAUGGGAUCGGGAUUUAUUGAGAAUCGGCUAUCGAGAUAUUCACAGACGUUUAAGAAAAUAUUUCUUCAACGAAGAGAACCCAUUAACUGGCCUCAGUUUGAGCAAAGACAACGUCACAAUCACUAUGCAAUACGAGGAUAUUUUGGAAUUUUAUGGGUACAGCUUGGAAAUGGAUACGCAUCCCUUCAAUGACGGGGCAUCGCAAACAACUUCGGCAUCUCCUACAACAGAAUCAAGCACAUCAACUACAGAAUCAACUACAUCAAGCACGCAAUCAUCAACUACAGAAUCAAUUACAUCAAGCACGCAAUCAUCAACUACAGAAUCAACAACAGCAACCCCGGAAUCAACAACGUCAUCAACGGUGACGCCGGAAUCAACAACGUCAUCAACAGUAACGCCGGAAUCCACAACAUCAUCCUCAGCAGAACCUGAAUCAACAGCAUCAUCCUCAGCAGAGCCGGAAUCAACAACAUCAUCAGCCGCCCCGACAGCGACCACAUCUUCGAUAAUGCCAGAUUCCUCAUCAUCAAACCCUACGACAACCCCAAAAUCAACGACACCAGUAGUAACUUCGGAACCAACGACUGCGAAAUCAUCAACAGUAACUCCAGAAACAACAACGCAGCAAACAACCAUGAUCCCAAAAUCACCGACUACGGAACCGAACCCCGAAACAACGACUAUCUUGACUGAAUCUAGCACAAACGAACCACAAGAAACUAGUGGUUCACUACCAACUACUACUGAAGCAAUGCCAAGUGAAUCCAAAACAACCCCAGUCGAAUCAACUGAACCUACGGAAACUUCAACCAUGAAUACCGAAGACCCAACAACAGAUUUAUCAACAACCUCCUCCCAGGAUUCAACAACUAUGACAACAGAUUCCCCAACUACUCUUGAAUCAACAACCCGUGAUGCAACCAGAAUAUUAAGCACCAUUGAUCCCAGCAACGUGAUAUUCCCACCGAGGCGACGAAAACGACCUUCCAGCAAUCACAAAAUAGUGCGGAGGGAAGGUCGUUUCAAGCGACAAUUUCCAAUCGUAUUUGAAGACCCAACGUUUACAAUAACCGUUACACCAAUUCAGCCCCAAAUCCCCAGUUUUCAUUUCGUUCCGGUCGACGGUAACGAUGAUGGUAUCAAUAGUUUCUAUCAACCUAAAAAUGCCGUUAUAAACAAAAAGGAGAUUUACCAUGUAUUCUAUCUGAACGCGCAGGAGACCAUUCAAGCUCGCUACAAGGUCUUCAACUCGAUCUUGCGUUUCAACUACAUCCAAAGCAUUAGAUCGUCCGUUCUUGAACUUGAGCUGGACACUCCAGACUACGAUCUUUUAAUUAUGAUCCCAGAUUAUGAAUUCGGACUUGAUUUUUUGUUGGAAGCAUUGAAACUGGCACCCAGUCUGCGAGUGAUUCGACAGGAAAUGAAGCCACGCUGGGUGCAGGCGAUAGUUCCGGACUUCAAAUUGAAAGGCAAUAUCUUUUUGACCAACGAUCUUCAGAAUAUGGGCAUUUUAGAAGUGUUCGAGCCAUCAAGGGCUGACUUUAGUCCAAUGACCAAUGAAUCCGAUAUUUAUGUUAAGCACAUUGAGCAAUCGAUAAACGUUCAUUUGAGGACGCGACCUGCUGACCAAUUGAAAAGACACAUUGGACCUUUUAAUAGACCCAUUGAGGUCUCCGUCAACCACCCAUUUCUGUUUUUCAUCGUCGAUAAAGAAAUUGAUGUUGCCAUCAUGGCUGGCAGAGUCUUAAACCCAGUUAACGUUAGGAUUCACUGAAAUUUAUCUAAACACAAAUGUAUCCAUGAUAUCUAUGAUAGUAAUUGUUGUAAGUUUAAAAUAUUUAUUUAAAUUCAGUAUUAAAAGUGUAAUUUUGUAAAUUCGAUUUGCAUUCCUGCUGUAAUGUAGAAUUCAUGUGUGUCUAAUACGUGAUACUGCAAUGAAAAUAAAAAUUCUGCAACCGACAAUAUCAAUUUGUUUUUUAUGC